AUGAAGACGACGGAGCCAGGCCUGAGUGGCGGCGGCCACCUCGCCGCCAAGCCCACCGACGACGACGAAGCCGGAAUGGACCGCCUGAGCGCGCUCCCCAACGGCGUCCUGCUCCACAUCCUCGCGGAUCUCGGGGACGCCGCCACCGCCGGUCGGACCAGCGUGCUCUCCAGCCGCUGGCGCCGCCUCUGGGCGCUGCUCCCGGAGCUCCGCUUCGUCCCUCUCUCCCCCGAGACCGGCCUCAUCGCGUCGGCGCUGGCUGCCCACGAAGCGGAGCUCAGGCACCUCGACGUGACGACCCAGGACGCCGCCCCCGAGCCCGUGGCGGCAUGGCUCCGCGUCGCCGCGCGCCGCCUCUCCGGCAGCCUCGUCUUCACCAACCAGACGCUGAUGGGGAGAGACGAUGACGCCUACGCCGACGGCGAGGGGAGGAGCGCCUUCGACGAGCGUCCCCGCCGGAGAGGCGCGGCCAGAGACGACGUCGACGUCGACGACGCCCAGGGACGAGGCGCGUUCGAGCUUCCCUGCCUCGACAGGGCCACCAGCGUCUCCCUCGACCUGGGUCGCCUCGGCCUCACCGUGCCGCGCGCCGGCGCCUUCGCCCAGCUCACCGAGCUCAGCCUGAGCCGCGCCCGGCUCCCCGUCGGCGGCGGCGGCCCGUGCACGCUCGGCGACGCCGUCUCCUCCCGGCGGUGCCCGUCCCUGCAGACGCUCACGGUCAGCGACGCCUGGGGGCUGGACGACCUCACCGUCCACUCUGAUUCCCUCCGGCGCAUGGAGCUGACCCGUGUGCGCGACCUGCGGCGGUUCGCCGUCGUCGCGCCGGCCCUGGAGCACCUGCAGGUGCUCGCCUGCUUCUACAACCACUGGCAACGACGGCCGAACGCCACCAUCACGGCGCGCCAGCAGAAGGUGCUCAAGUGGGGAGAUCUGUUCUAUCGGAGGUCCGUCCAGCUUGGGAAGAUGAAGCAUCUCCGGAAAGUGUGCCUCGACCUGUUCUUCGUGUAUGCGUUUUCGCCAAACCAGGGUUGUCUUGAGCUCUUGCGCUGCUUUAACAACAUCCAAAAGCUUGGCCUCACACUGGUCUAUCCACCGGAACAAACUGCAUGUCCACCUGGUUGCAUUUGUGAUGAGCAACAAGAUUGGAAAUUCGAGGAACUCUUGUUGAAUCACCUCCAAGAAGUUGAAAUCACUGAGUUGAGAGGAUCUGAACAUGAAGUUAUGUUUGUGAAGCAUCUACUCAUCUGGGCUACAGAGCUAAAGAAGAUGACAAUAUUUUUCAAUUCUUUGGUGACUGAAAGCAUGGCCAGGAAGUCGUACCAGAUACUACGAAGGUUCUCUAGGCGAGAAAUAUGCAUGGAAUUUUACAUGGAUAAGGACACGGUGAUGGUGCCGUAUGUGCCCAAAGACUAA